GAAACCAACUACUGCAGUAACACAAUUUCCUGUACGCCUGAAUGUCCCACUAAUGGACCCUCCUUCGUAUGACGAGGCCACACUCCAGCCGUCUUUGGGCCCCUCCACGAUCAUCGUUCCUCACAACCACUCUUAUCAUCCCGCCUUGCCCUCAGUGGCUCCACCCCCUUAUGAAGCGACCACGGUCAUUGUGCAGCCCAAUCCUUUUCCCGUCUUGAGUCUGCCCGCCUCACCGACCUCCCAAGUCAUCGUCCAUCAACCGACGGUUGAGGAUGGUUUCAGACAACAAUGGACGAAGCAAAUGCAGAGAACGAGAGACAGAUGGACGCCCACCUCGACUUCUCUUCUUUGCAGUGAUCAUUUCACUGAUGACUGCUUCGAAGGAUCGCCUUCACAAGAAGCAUUUGGCUUGAAAGUGAAUUCGAGACGUCACAUCGACGUGAGGCAAACGGUGGUGGUGUCCCAACCGCAGCAAGUCCAAGUAAUCGCUGUCGGAGGGCUGCUGGAUACGCCCGGUCGUGUACGCUGUUCACACUGUCAGCACACGGUCACCACCAGAAUCAAACGGAGUCCCGGGGUGUCCGCCUACGUCUAUUGCGUAAUCAUUGCUCUCACCGGAUUGAUUUGUGGGUUCUGUCUGAUUCCAUUCAUGUUUCCAAGUCUUUGGGUUUAUGAUCACUACUGUCCGCUCUGCAAUGCGCACCUGCAUACGUACCAUCUUCACUAACACGGCGCCCGUCCCCGACAUGGAUCCAAGCAACCCCCCCGAGAAGCUUGUGGACUCGAAGACUUGGUAUCCAUGCAAUGGAUCGAUGCAACUGAUGUGUUUUAUGGACCUUCUUGCUGAUGAAAAAGGAAUCAUUUGAACAGGAUUAAAUGAAUGUGGAUUUGAGUGCGUACCUGCGGGUGUCAUUUAUUUGAGAAGGAUUGUGUGUACGGGACGUGUGGUCCUUCUAUUUCUUUCAUGAAUGAAUAUCAAAAUUCAAAAAGGUGAAAAUCGACGUUCUUUCUUUCAAUUGUUCUACUUUAUCAAUUGUUUGCUGUUAGCAUUUUAGCAUGGCAACUGGCGUUUUACACACAAUUAACACGCCAGCGUCCACUUCUAGCAUUUAUUGAAACUAUUCUCUUCCUUGCCAUUCGUCCUUGAGCAUUUGUUAUCAAAGGGGAAACGAGCUUGGAAAUCUUUUUAUUUUAUUUUUUAGGUACAUUGUGAGCUUAGCCAUACCAUAAAAAUGGCUAGAUUCCUAUCAUAACAAUAAUUAUUAUUUUACAAAUUGGUAGGCGCCUUACUGGGCACUCAAGGACGCCGUACAAAACAAGAAAUAAGGAUCAGCCAAAGCAGUACAAAAAAAAAAUCAUGAACAAAAACAUAUAUGAAUGUAUAUAUAUUUAUGAUAUAAAUGUUCUUAUUCGUUGUUCUUUAUUUCAACGGUUUUGUUUAACUUUGACUGUUUGUUGAUGACGAGACAACUAGCUUGUUCUGGUAGCGUUAAGCAGAAAUGCCAGAAAUCUUCCUUUUUUUGGUACGGUUGCUAUGAAAUUUAAUGUACAUCAAUACAACAUAUCAAUGUUUGAUUCUUACAUGCUCUUACUUGUUACGUUUCUUCUUGGUUUCAACGCUAAAUGACGGAUUUGUUUAUCGUUGGAUGUUUGUUGAUGACAAGGCAGCUAGCUCGUUCCUCUAACGUUAAGCAUAAAUGUCAGAAAUCUUCUUUUGUUUUGUUUUUUUUGCAUGAUUACUUGAGAUAAUAUGUACAUCAAUACAAUAUCUCAAUAUAACUGAUUCUUAUAUGCUCGUACUCAUCGUUUCUUCUUGAUUUCAACGCUAAACCACACUUUUGAUUAAUAUUGAAUGUUUGUUGAUGAACAUGCUGCUAGCUUGUUCCACUAGCAUUAAGCAUCGUUUACCAUGAAAUAAUAUCUUUAAUAAUAAAAUAUAUCAAUAUAAUUGAUUCUUA